AUGACAUUACGAGCCCCGCACCGGCGUAUAUCACCAAGAACUAAACGCCGUUGUCGAGCUAUCAAGGAAUUCUUUAAGAAAACAAUCGGAACCCUAUCACAAACAGACAACAGAACUCACUCAAGCAUCGUACUUAGUGUUUCAGAUCUCAAAAGUAAAAUAGAUAUAAUAGAACAACACCUUGACAAAGUAAGCAAGCAUUGUCGGGACCUGUCCUUUCUUGAACACAGCAUUCGUAAAGGGGAGAGCACGGUAAGCCACGACAUUAAACAGACCACGCCAAGCAAACCGGCAUGUGAAAGCAGCAGAACACGAGAUUUAGAAACUAAAAUACUUUAUGAAACACCGAGAAGGAAUUAUAAUAAAGCACAUAUUCAGUCAAUGAGUAAAUGGGACAGUGGCGAAAUAAAUAUGAAUGAUAAUAAACAUUUCCACAAGUAUUGUAACGAAGAAUACGUUGUCGAGAGACCAGGCCACGUAGCCAAGAAUCAUGAACGUCAGCUUAAAUAUUUGAAACCGAUCUCAUAUCCUAAAUCAAAACGUGACAAUAAAAUAAAUGAAGAUAAUUUAAAAAGAGUAUACUCGAGCAUAAGUCUUCAAUCGCCUAGAGAAACAUAUAAUAAGGAGGCAUGUCAUUCGAGAUAUCAGGAUAGUCAUAGACGUCACAGGAAAGACAUUGAAAACGUAACCUUUAGGGAGUGCGAAGAUACUGGACGCUUAAAAACUGAUAACAAAAAAGAUACUGAACGACGGAAAACCCGUAAGAAAUCACAUCACUAUUCCAAUGUCGAUAAAGAUUUUAUAGCGGAUAUAAUACGAAAACAAUAUAAGCCCGUCAAAUUAUUUGGUAGAAGGUUAUCAGACUUCAGUCAAUUUUCCGCGCCCGUAUGCCGUGAUCAAGAAUUUACCAUCCGAGAUGAUGUCAUGGAAGGCAGUGAAUUAUGCUCGUGUUGUUUUGAUGGCCAUAGAAAAGUUAGGCACCGUCAUUGCGAGAGGUAUAACCUUAGUGAUAUGAGAAGUAUUUGCGAUGCACGGUUGUACGGUUCGAAGCAGCAAAGGAAGUACAAACAAUCUCAUAUUACGAACUAUAAUGAUUCUAAUCUUUACGAUUUAGUGCCAGUUAAAGAAAAGUCCAGUCCUAAAUCUAGACGAAAAUUUAUUGAAGAAAAUAAUAAGCGGCAUGAGCGCUUUAGAGAAGUAUUACCAUCCCCUAGAACAAAUAGACCACGGCUAAAUCUUACAGCACAACGGUACGCUUACGAUGAUAUGAUACUUCCCAGCGUCCCUCAUAGAUCGUUAAGAAAAAAGCCGCCACUUGAAAUGAUUGACGAUUAUUCAGAUUUAUCUCAGUACCGUGAAAUGCGUCAGGACCAAGGACCAAAAAAACCGCUAGUUGGCGGAACGAUGAGUAGUCUUCAAUAUUCGAACAUAGAACCAGAACAUGUUAAUAUUAAUAAUGAAACAAUGCACACUCAAGUUACAAGUUCUACAGUAGACAAAACUGAUAAAGCUCUUUGUGAAAUAAAAGAUAUUUUACAAAGCUUUUUACAAGAAAUAAAAAGAGAUUCAAUUCACAGUCACUCAGAGAUGAGUAGCAAAAGUAUUAAACAAUCACAAACACAAGUCAACAACCAGAGCAACUCCAAUACGACACCCAAAAAUAACCAAUCCAGCUUCAUACAUAACAGUUCAGCACAAUAUCCGGCGCCCCCAAUUGUUCCAUCUUUCAAUCCUUGCUGUUAUCCUAUUUUACCAAUUUGUCCUAUUAACUACUCUCCUAACAGUUUUAUGGUACCUUCGCCAAGUUAUACCUGCGCGACUUGUACUCAUAAUUGUCAAGAAAAUAUAUCAUAUGAUAAUAAUGUAAUUAAAACCUCUGCACCAUCUUGUCACCAUGAAACCCAAGAACUCAUUAAAGAAAUUUAUAAAUGCGUUAAAAACGGUAAUUCGCCCCGUGCCAGACGCGGUAGUAAUGAAAAUAUACGACAGAUGAAAGGCGAAAAGAAGAUAUUAACAUCUAGAAGUGUCGGAAGUUCCAAAGCUUCUAAGCAUGACGCUAUGGUAGAAACGCCAAAAAUGAAGUGCUAUUCGAAGAGUUGUGAAGCUAUCGGAUCGCGAAUGACAAGUGACUCUUGUUACUCUACAAAUGCGACUUUAUCUGAUACUGUUAUAGAAAAGCUUAACCUACAAACGUCAGGAUCUUCAUCUGAGACCGAAAUGGAUAGGAUUUGUGAGACCAAAAAGAACAAAUUUUCAAGGGUGUUAAAUAGAUUUGGUCUGUUUAAACGUAAAAAGAAGGACGUAAUUGAGGAAGUAAGCGAAAGCGAGAGUACGGUAGAAGUCGAUGUUAAGCCACAUACUAGGCCUCCGUUUAAGCAAAAUAUUCUAAAUUACAACGUUCACGCUCAAGAGUUCUUUAAUCGACCACGAAAAGCGAGAUGUUGUCCGGCUCACGACUCGUUGCACGAAUAUGCGUGUGGUAACGAUCCUAUUUCCCAGGAAUUUCCUUACGACAUAUGCAAGCACAGACACCCGCAGGCUCAUUCUACGCCACAACGUUGCCCAAUGUUGCAUGCUCCCUCCUGCUGUCACGAUCACAAUCACCACAACACGCCGCAAAUGCCUCAAGUACCUCUCUGCCUGAAAGAAAUUGAAGUCAAAAGCAUUGGCACACAGAGUGACAGAAAACUUUCACUCUUUCCCCGAUUUAAAAAGAAAGUACAAUCUGCUCAGAUGCAGCUUCAGCAACAUGAUACGAUAACGACGCAGAACCCAAAGGAAAGGAACAUAAUUCUGAAUUGGGAAAAGCUGAAACAGAAAGCUACAAAAAAUGUGAGCAGUAAUUCUGACCCUCUUAAGUUCUCGAUAAAAACACAGAAACAACUCGCUUUAGGAGAUACGAAGAUGCGAAAUGCAAUGUUAAAGAAAUUAUUUUACAAAAGGAAUCCGUUUUCACCGCGAAACCUUAUAGUACGGACACUGCUCGGUAAGGACAAGUCGUCAUGGGGUGACCCACCCCGAAUGUAUAAGCCACGUAUGUUUAUAUAA